AUGAGAUCCACCAAGUCUGCAAUACUUCCAAGUUAUGUUAGACGAGCCAACUCUGAUCUCAUGAAGUUGUUGAGCAAGGUGAAAGUCGACCCAAUACCUCAUUUUCGACAUCGAAGCUCGGAGAAACCAACGUUUGACUUUCUUUCUCGUAUGAACGGCCUGGACCCUCUCGAGGACCCGGACCCUUUGUCCACCGACGGAAUUGCUGAUAACCUAGACUACGACAUUUUAAUGGCCGCCGGUUGUUUCACUCUGCCACCAGAAGGUCUCUGCUGGGAGCUAAUCAAAAUGUUUUUCCAAGAGGUGUAUCCUUUGGCUCCCAUAGUGGUAAAGGAGAAGUUCAUGUUUGAGUACAAGAACCUGGCCAAAGGUCCCAGUAUAAUGCUUGUGCACGCUAUUUUGUACGCUGGGGCAUUUUCGGCCUCAGGAACCCAGGCUACCACGUCGUUGACGCACGACGAGGCGUUCGAGGCUUCGAACGUGUUCUACAAAAGAGCACACCUGCUGCUGGACAUGGGAUUCGACGCGUACAACGUGAUUCCACUAAUGCAGACGCUUUUGGUGUUCUGUGCCAUCCCGAACGGACAUGUGGGAAGAGAAUCAACCAGUCACUUGAAACAAGCCAUCAUUACCUGCUGCUCUCUAGGUCUGCAUCUAGACCAAUCUGCCAAUAAAUUUCUGACAGACUAUGAAAAAUACAUGUACCGAUUAAUUUGGUUGCAGCUAUUUAUAGGAGAACAUGCACGUGGAAUGGUGGCCUCCUAUGACAUCAUGCUUCUUCGUUCUGGCUGUACAGUCAAGAUGUUCACCAGAGAAGAAAUGUAUUCGCUCAGCCCGCUUCAAAGGGAGUAUUUCCUCUACAUCUACAAUCUGUCCCUGGUUAUUGAGAAAAUCAUCGGUUAUACAGAGAUUGGUACCUAUAACCUGCGCACGGGUCGGCCAGUGAUCCCCGUUUCAGAGGAAGGGAACAGGCUGCUGAACGAGUUCUAUGCCACGCUGCCAUCGGAGCUCAAAUACACUUUGGACAAUCCCGCAAGUCACAGUGGCUGGUCUGCUGUGAUUGGUAUUACUUACUACAUGUCGAUUUUGUCCGUCAACAGAUACACUAGUGUAUGCUCCAUCAGGGCAUCACCAUUCCAGGUGAUGCCUCCCGACUUUCUCACAUCCUGGGAGAUCACCCAUACCGCUUCAUGGUCGGCCUUCCAGAUCUACCAGAACGAGCGCAACCGGAUCGGGAUCAGAUGCUCCUUGCUACCAUUGGCCUUACUGGCCUACCAAGCAGCCAUCACUAUGACCUACCAUUUUAGAAACACAGACCCUGGCGUGGUGAGCAAAGCGCACGAGGUUGUCAACGGCGUCAGAGACGUGUUGUACGAGUUCAGCAGCCGGUGUCUGAUGGCCAAGGUGAUGUACCAUCUGCUGACGCGAAUCCAGGAAAACGAGUCAAACCAGCUCAUUAUGCUGUACAAGGCGUUGGAGUUGGAUUUCGAGGAAGUUUCCGGGGUCAUGGAGAGACUUAACACUUUUACCUGA